AUGCUUGCAUGCAUCUUUCAUCAUCCAACAUCACACACAACUACUACAAGUACUUCCUUACAAUCAAAACCAACAACAACUAUGGCAAGUUAUCAAAAGCACUACGAUGAUCAGGGUCGCAAGGUUGACGAGUAUGGCAACGUUGAGAAGCAAACCGACGAAUACGGCAACCCUGUUCAUGCUGCUAGUGUCACCUAUGUAGCCACCAGAACUGCUGCUGGUGGUUACAGUGAUGACAUUAAUAAGCAACAUGAUACCACCAAUGCCUACGGCGUAGACACUGGUAGACAGCAUUCUAGUGGUGGCUACGAUGGUGACACUAAUAAACAUCAUGGAAUUACUGGUGGCUAUAAUGAUGACACCAAUAGACAUCAUGGAACUACCGGUGUCUAUGGUAUAGACACCGAUAGGCAACAACAUGGGACUACUGGUGGCUAUGCCGGUGACACUGGUAGGCAACAUGGGAACAUCGGUGGCCCUUACUAUGGAACCAACACCGCAGACACCGGUACUGGUCCCAGAAGUGGAACCACGGGCGGCACCGGUUAUGGAGGCACUGGUGGCACUGAUUAUGGAACAACUGGUGGCACUGGUUAUGGAAGUGGAACUGGGUAUGGAGUCAACACUGGGGGUGCGCACACUGAAGCAGGAUAUAGGAAGGAACAUCGUCAGCAUGACCAAUCUCAUGGUGAUCAGAACGAGAAGAAAGGGAUUAUGGACAAGAUUAAGGAGAAGCUUCCUGGAGGACACAGUGACAAGUAGAUGCAUCGUGCAUCAUGCAUGCAUGCAUAUAUAUAAUAUUGUUGUCUUUGAAUAAAUUUGCUGCAUAUGUACUUACGUACGUACAGUGUCUUGUCAUGUAUGUGGAGGAUAUAGUAUAUGGUUAUAGUUUAUGUAGAAGAAUAAAAAAUGUAUGCAUGUAGUAAUGUAAGGGUCUUAUAUAUGUGGCUGAAAUAUAAACCAUAAUAAAGGCAGAGAUGUUGUGCCAAUACAUCAUAUGUUGAGAGUUGUUGGGACAUGUAAAGCCUACGUGGUGGUGGAGCAGGGUUGUUCACUUUUGGAUUUAGAAAUUAUUUAUUAAUUUCUUUCUAA